AAGUAUCGUACAGAAUGAACUGUUUUUCAUCUGCAUACAAAAUGCCGUGCGUAUCUUGCUUCCUUUUGAGUCAGUCUUGUGAAAAAAGGAAGGCAUAGGUAGCUCGAUCAAGACAGUUCAACGUAACGAAGAGAGGAGUACCACGACGUUGUUUUUUCGCAAGAGUACGAGAAGAAUGCUUUGGUCCCCAUAGGGUGUGACGAUAAACAAGAGAGGUUGACCUGGCCAAAAAUUAUUACGAAGAACUGCGUACUACCCGUACGUACUAGUAGACGGCAUGCGGUACUAACAAAUAGAGGGACAUUCUUUGCUGUACGCAUUCAGCGGUAUUACUGUACGGUACUCAUUCACUGGUUCUUUUAUGUCCCAAUAGUUCUUGGUACUUACGCCACUGGUAGUCAUGGUUGUGAGGACGUACCUCUUCUUUCGCAAAAUUUGUACCGACAUAAUUUCUGCGAUUUCUGUUCUUUUGAUUACAGUAAAAGGGUACAACCGGUUUCUGUUACGUACCGCUAACAUUUUACUAGAAAUAUUUAUUUCGAAGCGAAGUCUCCCUUACCCAGGCAAAGUAGAGGUGCACGAAUCCGCGAUACUCCUACCUUGGCUGUAUUUAUCAAUAGAAUUGGUAUUGGCAGUAACCCUACCGUGGGUUUCAAACACUACCAAAGCGUUGUAACCACGGUCUUUUCAACAGUGCAUUGGGGCAGGCUCAAGGAGGGUAGCGAUACGUUCUGUUCUGUAUUYUUAUCCUUGAACAUCCCCCACAGCAUGGAGGCUAGCUUCAGAAACCGGCUCAACGUACACGGGGCAAGUUCGAACAACUAUAACGCCACCCCACUUAGUCCCGGUGGUAGCACCAUUUCAAAGAACGACGACGCCAAGGGCGUUGCCACGAAGCGGGAACUUCCAACAAAUAGCGUCGGGAUGCAUCCCUUUGCGUCCCCAUUCUCGAGCCAUCGCGUCGAUAGGACUUGCAAAUCGUACACGAGCGCAAACACAAGCUUACUCGAUGGUUAUGGGGAACAUGAUCUUUCAACGACGCUCUCUUCCUCGAUUCCACUUCCUCUCCACGUCCCUACGAUGGUAGCUAACGGAUGCUCUACAGUGUUGGGAUCUACGAUUAGCACUUCGAGCAAUAGUUCCUCCAUAGGGCUACCAACCAAAUAUCCCGGAAGCGCUAGUCAUGAUCGCGAUAAUAGUCUCGAAAGCAUUGUGAUGGAGGAGCUUCAAGACUUCGAUGAUAUCUUCGGAAAAUCCUGUACAAUCUCUGGCGAGGCCUCUUCAAGCGUUAAGUGUAGCAAAAACAGAUGCGGCGAUAAUGCUAUUACGAAUAAUGUUUCUCCGUCAAGAAUACAAACCGGUCAUCAGAACUACGACGACGAUGACGACUUGUAUACACUGUCGCAAUCCCCAAGAGCUGUAUACGACUCACCAUGUCAAGAAGAAUCCUUACUCCACAGAAGCAGGAACCAUGGUGAUGGCAAUGCUUGCAGCAACAUUGCAUCCGAUGAUGAAUAUGACCAUAAGAAUGCCACUACUUGCGAAUUCCUCUCCAGAAUCCAGAUCGAGCAUCAAAAGAACGAAGAAGCCGACGACCUGGAAUUGCCUUCGCAUCAAUCCUUUCCUACUUCGAGAGCCGCCACAGAUCGACGGCCUUCGUCUGGCAGCAUCGGAUACGAGUUCUCCGCGUCCUCGCCCUACCCAUCUGUCGAGAGUCUCGUUAAGAGCAAAAGCACCAACCACAGCAAUAGCAGUCCGAACCAUCGCCAUCAGAGAUCGUCCUCGUCUUCCGGACUGUUGUCCGCAUCUUCUACGUCUUCCACCAAAUCCCACAGGCGAUCAUCAAACUUCGCAAUGGGAAGCUCACAGUUUUUGGACUCUGUUUUGAAAGACUUGUAGAAAACAACAAAAAAAAGAACAAGCCAACCAAUCCAGACAACCGCUAGCACCAAGUGUACAACAACAACGGCGAGAAAAUUUUUGCAAUCCAUACUUUAUAGUAAUG